AUGUUCGAAUUUGUUUACACGCGUUACUACAGACGGCGCGGCGAUUUUAACUAAGUACUAUACUACAAACUCACGUAGGUACCUCGGUUCGGAGCUCUGUAAGCAUUGAGUUUUGGCUGUAGAAAUAUCUAAAAUUAUAACUGGUCUCAAAUAACUCACCUCCACCGAAUAAUGAAACAUUAAAAGUCAAAAAUCAAUCAAACGUCAAUCGAUUUGAAUGCGAAUUAAUUUUUGUAAGUACAUUCUUAAAUUGCUUAUUUUAGUUUUGGUAUUGUUAUUGAGCCUGUAGAAUUACUACAGUUUAACUUCACAAUCACGUUGAUAAUUUCGUUGCUUAUCGCAAUUCUUAUUGGAUACUUUCCACCCUUGGGCGUGCUAGAAUUGGUCCUAGUUUUUUCUAAAUCAAACCGCCUUUUAAUUUAACAACGGUCCAUCCAUUAGGCCCCACGUCCACCCUACAGCUUAUCAAAGACCAACAAAAUGGUAAUAACAAAAGAAACGGAGUUGCCGGAGUUUGAACAACUGAAGGUGGAACAUGAGGUAGACUUGUCCACUGCGACGUUGAUGGCGGCGGCUCCGUACCUCGGGAAGUACUGCGAGAGUAUAAACAACGAGUUCAUGUUAUGCCGCUACGAAAACCAAGACCCACGGCCCUGUGUGGAGCUGGGGAAGAUUGUCACCAAAUGUACGAUAGAGUUCUUCAAACGAGUGAAAAAGAAUUGUUUGCACGAACACAACCAAUACACGAACUGCAUAGACAAGAGCUCGGGUAACUACAAGCCGUGGUUUUGUAGGAAGACCCACGCUGUUUACGAGGAGUGUAUGCGGGAGAAACUCUGCAUCGAUUACCCUGGCUUCGGGUACUUUACGAGAGGGAGGAUUCAUACAAGCAAGUGCACGGACCCGCCGGAGGAACUGUGUCCGUGUGUACCGUCGAUGGACGACGAGACACGACACCUACCUGACUGCAAGCCACGCUUGCCGCCGCGGUUCUCUAGCCGGCUGUACUGGAUAACCGAGUAGCUUUAUACAGCAUACAAACACACAAGCUAGCUAUACUUAGGCUUUUUUAAAGCUUUUUACUGACAGCUUCAAGUAACGUUACUUUAAGCACUAAUGAGAGUCCAGAAAAGUUUGAAAUUGACCGUUACUGAUUCGAUGACUCGACACCAACUCGUCUGGGAAUUGAAAUGAAUCUAAAAAUUACAUGAUUCAAGUCUAAUAUUUAAAAUCGACUGGUAUUGUCAACUUUUAUAGUGUAACUGUAAUAUUUUGAUAAAAUUUGUUCAGAAAUAAGUACAAUAAUUGUAACGAAUUGUGUGGAUAGUAAUUGCCAUUAUAAUAAAAUGCCUAGUGACACUUAA